CCGUUUGUCCUUUCCCACUCACGCUAGAGCGACGGGUCGCUUUCUGUUCAAGAUGUCGGCGGUGUGUGUGUAUUCCAUGUGUGUCCGAGUAAGCAGGGGCCUCGUCGGGUUCAGGAGUCAAGCCUCGGCUUCCACAGCGGUCGGUUUAGUGAGGAAAUUCUCUAUUGACUCAGGAAGCGGGAACGAAAGCGGCGCCAUAGAGGGUUUAGCUCAGGCUAUUCUACAGAGGAGUCAGAGUCAACCUCCUCCUACAGGGGAGGGAAGCGCAGACCAGCAGGAUGAUCAAGGCGAGGACAAGAAACAGAAAGAGAACACGGCAUAUGCAAAGAAGGUGGUGCUUCGCUUGGCGGGGCUUAUGGGACUCGGCGGAGCAGUCGGCAUGGUCUACAUCUUUGGUAGCAACUCAGUAGACGAUCAUGGAAAUAAGAUAGCAGAUGAGUUUGAUAACGAAAAACCUGUUGUCCAGCAGCUCAAGAGAACAUUCAAGUAUUUCAAAGAUUACAGACAGAUGAUCAUCGAACCCACAAGUCCGAAGCUUCUCCCAGACCCGCUGAAGGAGCCGUAUUACCAGCCUCCAUACACCCUGGUGCUAGAGCUCACUGAUGUUCUCCUUCAUCCCGAGUGGUCGUUGGCUACAGGCUGGCGUUUUAAGAAACGUCCAGGCAUCGACUACCUGUUCCAGCAACUAUCGCCGCUUUAUGAGAUUGUCAUCUUCACAUCUGAAACUGGCAUGACGGCGUACCCACUGAUUGACAGCAUUGACCCACAGGGCUUUGUCAUGUACCGUCUCUUCCGGGAUGCCACACGCUACAUGGAGGGCCAUCAUGUCAAGGACGUGUCUUGUCUGAACAGAGACACCUCAAAAGUAAUUAUAGUGGACUGCAAGCGAGAAGCCUUCAGCCUACAGCCCUUCAACGGUAUGGCACUGCGCAAGUGGGACGGUAACUCGGAGGACCGCUCGCUUUAUGACCUGGCUGCCUUUCUUAAAACAAUUGCGAUGAGUGGCGUGGAGGAUGUGCGUACCGUACUGGAAAACUAUGCCCAUGAGGAAGACCCUAUUGAGGCCUUUAAAAGGAGACAAGCACAGCUUGCACUGGAGGAGGAGCAAAGGCUGGCAGAUAUUUCUCAUCAGAAGAAGCAGGGCUUAUCUUUAGGCUCCAUUGCAGGCCGUUUCUGGCCCCGCAAGCAGCAGUGAUGGUUGUUCUCUACAGUAAAGGCGGGCAGUUCUGGGCCACUCUGGGCAGUGACUGGUCAGUGGGGCAAUGCCACGGUCACUGGGCAGGUGGUACCCCUGGCUGCAUUGGAGGAAGAAUAAAGGGGGAAACCAUCCAGUACCUUCCACUGAAAUCUUGCCGCCAUGGUCUGGAUGAGUCGGGAACUCCAAAAAGACAUUUAGUACCUUUGUGCUGGUGAAGGCAUUCCUUGGACUGAUCACAGCCUACAGCAUGCUUUCCACUGAUUUCACUUCUUGUGUUUGUGUCUAAAAAUUUGUUCCAAAUGUCUAUAUACAUAGACCAAUUUUUCGCCACACCUUGAUUUGGACACAGUCAGUGCUCACUAGAAGAUCGUAUUAAUCCCGGUUUAGUGCUGGAGCACUGAUGCAGUCUGGUCAACUAAUUUACGUAAGGAGUUGCGUGCUGGAGUUAUGUACUCUCGCUGCUCUAAGGACUGCUUCUGUGUCAGCACAGCACAGUGUAGUCAUUUUAAAUGAAGUCACGUCUAAUGAUGACAUGGACAGGGUGCCAUUUCUGUUUAGAACAACGGUACACUACAUCUAAUGUGCUUGUGUAAUGCGUUUAAUGUUAUGAACCGCUUAAACGACCUUCAAUAAAAAAUUUGACUUUCUAUAA